UGUAUGCUCGUUUUUUUGUCUCUCAACCUCUCUCACACACACAUUUAUGGAGAUGAUGAGUCUGAACAAGUGGAUUGCAAGCUCUUGUGGUGUGGCUAUAGUGGUGCUUGUGGCCUGGACCGUUUUGAAGUGGGUGUGGGUGCAACCAAGGAGGCUAGAGAGGCACCUAAGGCUCCAAGGGAUCAAUGGAACCUCCUACAAGUUAUUGUUUGGGGAUUCAAAAAAGAUGGGACAAAUGGCCAAAGAAGCCAACCAAAACCCCAUCAGUAUACAUGAUGACAUUGUUCCAAGACUCAUGCCCUUUGUUUAUCAGGCAACCAAAACCUAUGGUAAUAUGUUCUUUACGUGGUUUGGGCCAACGCCAGUGGUUCAUGUUCUUGAUCCUGGUCUUGCCAAAGAUGUAUUGUCUAGAUUCAAUGAUUUCCAAAAGCUUAGGACAACUAAUCCCUAUGUCAAGAUAUUAUUUCAAGGAUUAAUCGAUUACGAAGGUGAUAAAUGGUUCAAACACCGAAAGAUCAUCAAUCCCGCAUUCCUUGCUCACAAGUUUAAGUACAUGGCUCCUGCUAUCCAUUUAAGUUGUACUGAGAUGAUCAACAAAUGGCGAAUGUUGUUAGGGCGCGAGCACUCAUACGAGCUCGACGUUUUUCCAUACCUUCAAACAUUGACAAGCGACGUUGUCUCACGCACGCCAUUUGGUAGUAAUUAUGAAGAAGGGAGAAGGAUAUUUGAACUUCAGAAAGAAGUAGUUCCUUUAAUAUUAGAAAUCACACGACAUUCGGUAUAUAUCCCUGGAUCAUGGUUUUUGCCAACUAAAAAGAACUUAAGGAUAAAGAAGAUUGACAAACAUGUGAAGGGUUCAAUAAGAGCUAUUAUCAAUAAAAGAUUAAAUGCAAUGGAAAGUGGUCAACCUAGUCAAGAUGACUUAUUGGGCAUAUUAUUGGAGUCGAACCAAAAAGAAGUCCAACAAAUGAGUAUUGAAGAUGUUAUAGAAGAAUGCAAACUCUUUUACUUUGCAGGCCAAGAAACCACCUCUAAUUUGCUUGUAUGGUCAAUGAUCUUGCUAAGCCAACACCAAUGUUGGCAAGAACAAGCUAGAGAUGAAGUUUUUCGUGUAUUUGGACAGGAUAAACCAGAUAUCGAUGGACUAAGUCGCUUAAAAACUGUUACUAUGAUUUUGCAUGAAGUUUUAAGGAUAUAUCCUGCAGUUCAAUCAUUAUACCGAUUGACUAACGAAGAAACUAAGUUGGGCAAGACGAGUUUACCAUCAAGGACAGCAGUCAUAGUGCCUGUGCUAUUGUUGCACCAUGACCAUGAGACAUGGGGUGACGAUGUCAAUGAGUUCAAGCCCGAGAGGUUCUCUGAGGGCGUUUUGAAGGCGACAAAGGGGCACAUGUCGUAUUUCCCAUUUGGUUGGGGACCUCGUAUAUGUAUCGGCCAAAAUUUUGCGAUGAUGGAAGCUAAAAUCGCGUUGGCUAUGAUUCUGCAACACUUCUCAUUUGUGCUUUCACCGUCCUAUGUACAUGCUCCUCAGUCGAUUAUCACUCUUCAACCUCAGUUUGGAGCUCACCUAAUUAUUAAACGGGUUGAUCCUUAAAUGUUCGUCAUGAAAACCUAUGAUCGGGUGUAAGUUUCUGGUUUUGAGUUCGAGCUUUAGUUCGAACUCGACAAAUAUGCAUUUGCGUUUGAAUAGUUUUCUUUCAAUAAAAAUCUGGUCAUAAUGUAUGUUAUAUAAAGAUUAA